CUCUCUCUCUAGCCGACGACACUCAAUGGCCAAAAGCAUCCCUUUGGCGGGCGCGUAAACUAUAUUCAUUCGCACGCAAAAUUGACCCUUUUGACCUUUCGUUGUCUGAGAGAGAACAAAGAAAAUGGAUGUUUCCGAUGAAGACGACGACGAAGGUUUUGGUUCUCGUUUCAACGACGAAGAAGAAGAAGAAGAAGAAGAAGAAGAGGGUUUUACUUUCUACGACGAUGUCGUUGAAGAAGAAGAGGGUUUUGCGUCUGAUUUCUACAAGGCUGGUUCCGAUUGGUCUUGUUUAGUGAAAGACGAAGAGACCGCUUUGGUUUCUCCUGAGAAUAAGAAGAUGAAACAAGCGGACUUGUUUCAGAUUUGGGGUUUACAGAAGAUUUCUCCUGAAACGAAGAAGAAUAUGAAACAAACAGACUUGUUUCAGAUUUGGGGUUUACAAAAGCCUUCUCCUUCCACUUCACCUGCUUCUUCGUCGGCGAAAAAAACUUCGAAUGUUCUUGGAAAGAGACUUAGGAACUCUCCAUUGACCAAUGACUCGCCUCGACAAUGCCCUUUUUACAAGAAACUUCCAGGAACACCGUUCACUGUGGAUGCCUUUCGCUAUGGUUGUGUCCAAGGAUGUUCUGCUUAUUUCCUUACUCACUUUCACGCUGAUCAUUACAUUGGCCUCACUAAAGCUUGGUCUCAUGGUCCAAUUUACUGCUCCUCUCUCACUAGUCGUCUUCUCAGACUUAGUCUGUCUGUUAAUCCCUCGUUUAUUCAUCCAUUGGAGCUAGACGUAGAAUACACUAUUUAUGGGGUUAAAGUCACUUUAAUUGAAGCUAAUCACUGUCCAGGUGCUGCUCUUAUUCACUUUCGUCUCCUAGAUGGGACGUGUUAUCUGCAUACUGGAGAUUUCAGGGCUUCUAAACAGAUGCAAACUCAUCCUCUCCUCUUUAAACAACGAGUUCAUGUUCUGUAUUUGGAUACAACAUAUUGCAAUCCGAGAUACAAAUUCCCCUCCAAAGAAGAUGUAUUAAGUUAUGUUGUGAGAAUCACAAAGGAGUUCCUCAGGAAGCAACCGAGGACUCUGAUUGUUGUUGGUUCUUAUAGCAUUGGAAAAGAAUGUGUUUAUCUAGCUAUUGCCAAGGCACUUGGGAUCAAGAUAUUUGCAAAUGCUUCAAGAAGACGGAUACUCCAAUCUUUUGGUUGGGAUGAUAUCUCAAAGAAUCUUUGUACAGAUGGGAAAGCCACAUGUCUUCAUGUUCUGCCUAUGUCAGCACUGAGAGUUGAAAGACUCGACGAACACUUAAAGGUUUAUAGAGAACAGUAUGGAGCAGUUUUGGCAUUUAGGCCCACAGGCUGGACUUACUCUGAGAAGAUAGGUGAACACCUUGAUCUGAUAAAACCAACUUCAAGGGGGAAAAUCACCAUUUAUGGGGUUCCAUAUAGUGAGCAUUCAAGCUUCACAGAACUUCGUGAGUUUGUUCAGUUUUUAAAGCCAGACAAGAUUAUUCCUACAGUGAAUAUCUCAAAUGCUGGAAGUCGGGAGAAAAUGCAGUCAUGUUUCAGAGAAUGGCUCAGACGCUAAGAUUCAACUCUAGGUUGAUAGAUGAUUGCAUCCUGUUGGUAAGAAAAUCAAUAGCUUUGACUGUUCUAUCUAUAAUACUGUUUCUAUUUUUUUAAUGCAGUUUCUGAAUCCCAAAAAUGUUUCUCAUUGAAGCUUUUAACGGUUGCUUGAUGCUUCUGUGACAUCUUUCGAUAUUACUACUGGCGAAUGUAGUAGAAUUGAAUUACUUGAAGGAUUUAAUCCAGAAGUCUUAUUCUUAGUUAUUCUCUUGUAACAUCUUGGAUAUUGGUACAAGUUAAUUCUUUUAGUUAUGAUGGUUGGGAUAGAAAAGAGUAUAAAGAGAGACAACACUUUCUUUAUGCUACAUUUACUUCUCUUUACCUAGAAGAAGGAUUAGCGUCAAGAGUAUUUUUGCAGUUCACACGAGAAGCAAAAGAGUAGACAAUGCAAAGAGGGAAUAAG